GGACUGCACCAGCAUCGCUUGUUCGCCACCUCGCGCGGCGUGGCCAGAUCAUCAAGAAGAGACAGACCUUGAACCUACAGAAGAACAGCCAGACCUUCAGUCGUCACGAUGCUCCGCUGCAUCUUGAACCUGCGCCUGCAGCCCGCGGGCCUGCACGCGCGCGGCCCGCGCCAGCUAUUGGCAGGCGCCGCGCAGCGCCACUUCGGCGCCCGCGUGCGGGCGGCGGGCCCCACCGAGGGGGCCCCGCCGGUCGUCCAGGUGGACUACGGCAGCCUCAUGAAGCUCGAGCCUGGCGCGCUCGAGCGCGUCCGCGAGGCGUUCGUCGGCCCGAAGGCCUACGGCGCCAUCGCCGUGGUCAACAUCCCAGGCUACGGCGGAAAAAUGAAGACGGCCUUCCGCGCUGGCAUCGACCUCGCCCUCAAGGACGCCGCUGGGCGCGAGAGGGCUGCUGCAGUGAACAACACGUACCCUGGCUGGAGCGGCACCCCUGGCCAGGAGACACACCCGCUGCAGAGCAGCUUCCUCUACAACGUGAAGGAGGAGGUCAACGGGAGGGUAGAUCCCUACUUUGGCAAGAACAUCUUCCCCAGCAAGGAGUACCAGGACAGUUUCGUGGACCUCGCGACGCCUAUGCACACGGCGGCGCUGCAGGUCCUCAAGGGCUGCGACGCGGUCAUCGAGAGUAUCAUGGCGGCAGAAGGGUCGAAGUGGUCCUCCGCCGGGCGCAGCCUGCACCGCUUGGGCGACGAGGGCCCCGUGCUGGCCGGGCGCUUCAUCUGCUACGACUCGGGCUUCACGCGCGAGGACAAGCUCCUUGAACAGCGCAAGCCCGCCGCAGAGAGUGCGGCCGCUGCCGCCGCAGCUCAGUCCGCAGUGGCGAAGACCGUCGGGCACGCGGGCGACGGGCUGGCCUCGAUGCGGACGCACUCGACGCCUGUGAAGUCGGCGGGGCACGCGGGCGACGGGCUGGCCUCGAUGCGGACGCACUCGACGCCUGUGAAGUCGGCGGGGCACGCGGGCGACGGGCUGGCUUCGAUGCGGACGCACUCGACGCCUGUGAAGUCGGCGGGGCACGCGGGCGACGGGCUGGCCUCGAUGCGGACGCACUCGACGCCUGUGAAGUCGGCGGGGCACGCGGGCGACGGGCUGGCCUCGAUGCGGACGCACUCGACGCCUGUAAAGUCGGCGGGGCACGCGGGCGACGGGCUGGCUUCGAUGCGGACGCACUCGACGCCUGUGAAGUCGGCGGGGCACGCGGGCGACGGGCUGGCUUCGAUGCGGACGCACUCGACGCCUGUGAAGUCGGCGGGGCACGCGGGCGACGGGCUGGCCUCGAUGCGGACGCACUCGACGCCUGUGAAGUCGGCGGGGCACGCGGGCGACGGGCUGGCUUCGAUGCGGACGCACUCGACGCCUGUGAAGUCGGCGGGGCACGCGGGCGACGGGCUGGCCUCGAUGCGGACGCACUCGACGCCUGUGAAGUCGGCGGGGCACGCGGGCGACGGGCUGGCCUCGAUGCGGACGCACUCGACGCCUGUGAAGUCGGCGGGGCACGCGGGCGACGGGCUCGCUACGGCACGGACAUCUCCGGCAACUUCGAGGCUUGUGGGCAUGGGGGACCAGCCGGCGCUGGGGCGGGCGCUGCCGGGGUCCAUCACGCCCCUUCGCGCGACGAGCGAGGCGCGUGCGCUCACCACGGAGGCAAUCCCGUCCAGCACGGGCUUCCCGGAGGAGUUCGCCUUCGACACGUCGAGCCUCGGCGAUGGUCAGGCAGGCACCGACGCUGCCGCGGCCGCGGGUGCGGCGGACGUUGUGCUCCGUGCGCCCGGGCCCGAGGUGGGCGCGGAGGAGGACGUGGGCGAGUACUGGCUCCCCUGGCACAUCGACUCGAACUUUGCCACCAUCCUGCACAGGGAGGUGUACGCCCAUGAGCACGACGCGUCGCUCGCCCCAGAGCCAGAGGACGCGGGCCUCCUCAUGAUGAACGAGGUGGGCGACGUGGCGAAGGCCGAGACGGACCCGGACGCCGUGAUCCUGCAGAUGGGCGCCUUCGGGCAGAUCUACUCCGGCGGGGUGCUCGCCGCGUGCCGGCACGCCGUGGUCAGCCCGCGGCCCCCCGGCAUCGCCCGCUUCAACUACUGCAACUUCUGGUACGCGAAGUGGAACACCGUGUGCGACACGCCAGCUGGCUUCGAACACAGGGCCGUGAACAGAGGCUGGAACGCCAUGAUGGACGACAGCUACCUGGACAUCACCAUGAAGCAGGGCUUCGCGUCGUUCCGGAAGUUCAUGGUGUCUCCCGAGGCCGAGGCGCAGUUCGCAGACACCGUCAGGUUCAAGGAGCUGUCGGAGCUCAUGCCCAUGCCCGCGCGCGUGGUCCCCGCGCAGGCUUCGGCGCUGCAGGCGGAGCGGCGCUCAGACCUGGUCAUCGACGUGCUCACGGACGUGCGCUGCCCGUUCUCCGCGCUGAGCCAGCGCAACCUGGACCGCGCGCUCGAGAGUCUCGGGCUCCGCGACCAAGUGACCUUCCGCUACCAUCCAGUGUUCCUGAACCCCAAUGUGCCGAAGGAGGGCGAGAGCCUCGACGACUACCUUCUCCGCGAGUACGGAUAUUCCAAGGAGUACGCUCACUCGGAGGACUAUCCGAUUCGGCUGGCCGGCCUCGAGGCCGGCAUCAGGUUCAAUCCGCACCGCCGCGUGAUCAACACGUUCGACGCGUUCUGCCUCAUCGAGGUCGCGUCGGCGGUGGGCAAGCAGGACGAGGUCGUGAAGGCUCUGUCGCAGCGGUACUUUGAGGAAGCCGAGGACAUCUCCGACCCCGCGGUGCUUCGCCUGGCCGCGGAGCAGGCGGGCCUGAGCGGGGAGAUGGCGGCGGCGUGGAUGCGGGCCGGGACAAGAGAUCCAAGGUCCUGGGGCGUCGCUUCGGGGGACGAGGCGGCGAAGAUUUGGUCCACCAGCUCUUGGGAGCGCCUGCGCUCGCUGGAGGACCACACGGGCUGGUUGCUAUUCGCCGCCUUCUCGUCUCACGGGCAGCUGGAGCUGACGGCUUUGAUGGUCGGGACGGCGAAGAGUUUGUCCGCCAGCUCCAGAUGGCCAGCCUUUGUCAAGCGGUGA